AACACCAAAAUCUGACCAGAAGGUCUAAUCCAUCAGAAUCCUGACACUAAACUGAUAGAAUAAAGUAGAAAAUGAUUAAAAAAAAAUUGGUGACAAGGAUGUUUAAAUAAAUACAGAGCCCUCCGGUGGCCUCCUGUGUUGCCUACCUCCCUGUUACUCUCAGUUAAGCUCAAGUCCCAGAGGGUGAUCUGUAAACUCAAAAAGACAAGGCAUCAGAAGUCAGGCAAAACCAGCUGAAUUCUGUUCUCUGUGAGCCUCACUAACUGAGACAGAAAGGGGACUCGUAUUUCAGAACGUUUCCUGGUAACAAGGUUAAGCCUUGAUAAACCGGAGAACUCCGGGCAUCAGAACACACGGUUCCGGACCUGGCAGGCGCCUUCCCUACAAAGGAGCUCGGUAAACGAGUGUCUAUUCCCCUAAGGCUGGUGGUUGGGACUGAGCGACAGGAGGCUCCUCUAAGCAUCGCACAGUUUUCUGUCCCCCUCGGUCCUGCCUGCCUGGCAUCCCUCCUGCUUUUCCUCACUCACUGCUCCAGCCCGAGAAGAAACCUAGGAUGACAGACAACGCGGUGACCCAUCUGACAUCAGGCUGAGUCCUCUUUAUCUGUGCUUUUUGUCGGCCUCCAUCUGAUACUGGGAACGACCGUUUUAGCUGUGUGCAGGUUUUCAUUUCACAGAAGACCCCCGGACCGCAGUGGGAUGCUGGUGAUUUAAAGGUCUGGUGCGUGUGGCUGUCUGAGAGCUCUUUGUUUUCCACGAUCCUGCGACUAGAAAGAGAAACCCUGGUGCAUUUACAUCAUGCGACCCUGCAAGGGUCAGGGAACCCUUCGCUUUGGGCUGUGUCUCUGGUGGUAUGUAUUCAUACCUUUCUUUAAAGGCUGCGCAGGCUGUGCCUCCGAGGAGAGACUCUUUCACAAACUGUUUUCUCAUUAUAACCAGUUCAUCAGGCCGGUGGAAAACGUUUCUGACCCCGUCACGGUGCAUUUUGAAGUGGCCAUCACGCAGCUGGCCGACGUGGAUGAAGUCAACCAGAUCAUGGAAACCAACCUGUGGCUACGUCACAUCUGGAAUGAUUAUAGACUGCGCUGGGACCCAGUGGCAUACGAUGGCAUUGAGACGCUGCGUGUUCCUGCGGAUAAGAUCUGGAAACCUGACAUAGUUCUCUACAACAAUGCUGUUGGCGACUUCCAAGUCGAAGGCAAGACAAAAGCUCUUCUGAAACACGACGGCAUGAUAACCUGGACUCCACCAGCCAUUUUUAAGAGUUCCUGUCCGAUGGACAUCACUUUUUUCCCUUUUGAUCAUCAAAAUUGUUCCCUGAAAUUUGGUUCCUGGACGUAUGACAAAGCUGAAAUUGAUCUCUUGAUCAUUGGCUCUAAAGUGGACAUGAAUGAUUUCUGGGAGAACAGUGAAUGGGAGAUUGUUGAUGCUUCUGGCUACAAGCAUGACAUAAAGUACAACUGCUGCGAGGAGAUAUACACAGACAUAACGUAUUCUUUUUACAUCAGAAGACUGCCGAUGUUUUACACCAUCAAUCUGAUCAUCCCCUGUCUCUUUAUCUCAUUCCUAACUGUGUUGGUCUUUUACCUUCCUUCCGACUGCGGUGAAAAGGUGACGCUUUGCAUUUCCGUCCUGCUUUCUCUGACUGUGUUUUUGCUGGUGAUCACGGAAACCAUCCCGUCCACGUCCCUUGUGAUCCCCCUGGUGGGCGAGUACCUGCUGUUCACCAUGGUCUUUGUCACCCUGUCCAUCGUGGUGACGGUGUUCGUGUUGAACAUACACUACCGCACUCCCACCACCCACGCCAUGCCCACGUGGGUGAAGACCGUCUUCCUGCGGCUGUUACCCCAGAUCCUGAUGAUGAAGAGGCCUCUGGGCAAGGUGAGGGAGACAAGAUCUGAUAAAAACCCCAAAAACCUCUCCAGGAGGCCCGCCAAAGUCAAGCUUGAUCAUCGCAGGGAGCCCAGACUUCUUGAAGAGUGCAGCCACUGUUGUCAUUCAAGUGAGCUUGCCGCCCCCAAGAGAAGGUUAAGGCAUCAGCCUUCACAAUGGGUGACCGAAAGUUCCGAGCACUCGCCGGAGGUCGAAGACGUGAUUAACAGUGUUCAAUUCAUAGCAGAAAACAUGAAGAACCAAAAUGAAACCAAGGAGGUAGAGGAUGACUGGAAAUAUGUGGCCAUGGUGGUGGACAGGGUGUUCCUGUGGGUGUUUAUAAUUGUCUGCGUGUUUGGAACCGCGGGGCUGUUUCUACAGCCGCUGCUGGGAAACACAGGAAGUUCGUAAGGAUGGAUUUUCCCUUUACCCUCAGAAAUGUACAGACCCUGUUUGUUUUGUCGUCCCCACCACAAGGAAAGGGAUGGAAGCUCCCCACCAAGUUCCCGUUGAGAUGGAAAAAGAGGACUUUAUUGCCAAUGAGGAGCCCGAAUGCCCUCCUUUGGGGGUACAGAGGAGUCCUUUAACAUGUUUUAUGACACUGGAGCCCAGAACCGGCAGCUCCUAACAGGGUUCUCUUGUCUGCACACACUUGGCUUCCGGGGACGCGACGAUUCAAUGGCGCCGCGAACCAUGGAAUCAGCAUCAAGCCUCGCGAAGCCUGGGCUCUGUUGCUCCUCCAGUUGACAUGCUUCUCAGAAUAAGGACACCUGCCAACGUGACACUCUGGACCUUGGACUUGCUGAUGUUUGCACCCCUUGUGAACUAGUGCGUGCUUGCCGCCUUGUGCAUGUCUCUGUGAUGUAGGGCACACAUUUUUUCAGCCUGAUUGGAUACAUUAAUUGGUCAAAAGUAAUAACAGGUCGUCGGUCCAUCCAGCAGGCUGUAUUUAAUUAGCAUCCAUCAGGCAAGAGACUUGAGCGGUGACCGACACUGUGCUGGACCUGCCAAUGGUAGCAGAAGUAGGUUCUGUUCACACAUGUGCAGCUUUUUUAGGGAAAAUCAUAAACAAAGCGAUCUCAGGGCUGGGUACCAGGUGGGGAAUGUAACUGGAGCGAUGGAAAUAGAGCGUGAUGUGGUGUGGCAGGACGGACCUGAAGCAGCCUUUGCUGCGGGUCCCAAAGGUGUCUCUUCUCAUCCACGGCGUCCAUUUGUUCUUUGUAGCUGAGACUGAAAAGAAAAGUGUUUCUUCUCUAAGACAUUGUCAUCUCAUACUUUUUGAAGCCAUUCUUUUUCCCUGGGGGAGAGCCUUGGGAAUCCUGUCUCACUCCACUCUAAUUGAUUAUCUUUUUAUUUUUGUACAAAAUUAUUACGACAAUUUGAAGAUGUAUUUUAUUUUUUAAAAGUUACUUAUUUAUUUUAAUGGAGGUGCUGGGGAUUGAACCUCAGGACCUCAGGCAUGCUAAGCACGUGCUCUACCACUGAGCUGUACCCUCCCCGCCCCAAGCAGAGGUCUUGAAUUUGAGUUACUCUGUUCUAAAAUACUUUUACUCCUCAUGUCUGUGACUGUAGUAUCUCUAUAUUUUCUGUCUUUUUAGAGAAUGGGUUGUUUCUUGAUACUUUUUUUUUACUAUUAAUCCAAAUUAAUAUUUAAUGUCAUUGUUUGCAGUUUUUUUAAACAUUUUUAUUGAUUUAUAAUCAUUUUACAAUGUUGUAUCUGUUUGCAGUUUUAAUUAUGGUAAAUACACAUAACCAAAUUGACCAUCUGAUCCUUUUUAAGUGUAAUACCACAGUCCAGUGGUAUCAACUACGUUCACAUUGCUAUGUAAACAUCACCACCAUCCAUCCCCAUAACUCUUUUCAUCUUGCAAAACUGAAACUCUGCACCCAUUGAGCCAUAAC